GGGUUUAGGGUUCAGGGUUUAGGGUUCAGGGUUCAGGGUUUAGGGUUUAGGGUUCAGGGUUUAAGGUUCAGGGUUCAUGGGUUUAGGUUUCAGGAUUCAGGUUUUAGGGUUCAGGGUUUAGCACGUAAGGUUUGUCUGCGGGGAUCUUGGAGAGGGGGGGAAAGGAAAGAAAAAGAGAAGGAAAGAAAAAGACGAGGAAGGAAAAAGACGAGGAAGGAAAAAGACGAGGAAGGAAAAAGAGGAGAAAAGAAAAAGAGAAGGAAAGAAAAUGAGGAGGAAGGAAAAAGAGGAGAAAAGAAAAAGAAAAGGAAAGAAAAAGAGGAGGAAAGAAAAAGAAAAGAGGAAAGAAAAGAGGAGGAAGGAAAAAGAGGAGGAAAGGAAAAAGAGGAGGAAAGAAAAAGAAAAGAGGAAAGAAAAGAGGAGGAAAGAAAAAGAGGAGGAAAGGAAAAAGAGGAGGAAAGAAAAAGAAAAGAAAAAGAAAGAAAAAGAAAAGGAAAGGAUAAAAGUAAGGACAUUCUUCAAUUGUUAAAAGAAAAGAAGGCCGGCGAAAUACAUAACCAGAUGAAUCCCAAGGGAGUAUCAUUUGAAGGGAAAUUACAAGAAAUCCUACAGAAAGCACAAUCCUGCUCAUCAGUAUCAGGAUCAGUAUCGAAAUCAGGAAAGGGUAGCACGCAGGAAUGUCUACAGAAGGAACUGGAUACAGCAUUAGAAAAGGAAAAGAAAAGGAAGGAAAAAGAAAAGAGGAGGAAGGAAAAAGAAAAGAGGAGGAAGGAAAAAGAAAAGAGGAGGAAAGAAAAGAAAAAGGAAAAGAGAAAGAAGAAGAGGAGGAAAGAAAAAGAGAAGGAAAAGAAAAGAGAAGGAAAAGGAAAAGGAAAAGAAAAAGAAAAGGAAAAGAAAAAGAAAAGGAAAGAAAAAGAGGAGGAAAGAAAAAGAAAGGAUAAAAGUAAGGACAUUCUUCAAUUGUUAAAAGAAAAUAGGGCCGGUGAUAUACACAAUCGGAUGAAUCCCAAGGGGGGUUCACCAGAAGGGAAAUUAAAACAAGUCCUACAGAAAGCACAAUCAUAUGGCACAAAUAAUAGUGACAUGAAGGACUGCGUACAGCAAAAACUGGAAACAGUAAAAGGUAAGUAA